AAGCAUGGAGACUAAUCAAAGUGAUCCGCAGAUAAAUUUGAGUCCAACUGAAUGGCUUGAAAAAUUCACUUUAAUUUCUCAAGAAGAAUUUAACUUACCAGACAGAAUAGAUGAUGAAGGCUCACGUAAUAAUAGUGAAACUGAAAAAAAAUUAAUAGCACAGCGUAAUAGGCGUAUAAUUCGGAUGGCUCCACUCUUUGUUAAUCAACCACGUUUCGAAAAAAUAUGCAGACAUUGGGAAAACGAAUUUGUUACUUCAUGCUUUAAAACGUUAUACCUUAGAUGUCAUUCGGCCAAAAAUUUACAUGCAAAUGAAAAAAAACUAAAAUACAUAACUAAUCUCUGCGGAUUUAGUUUAACUUGUCUAAAUAUCCGAUACGGACAUUAUCCUUUCAAUUCUCAAAUAAUGCCAUUGAUUAAGACUAAUUGUCCAAAUCUCAAAGACUUACAAUUACAUUUGAAAAAAAUUAAAAGUCAAGAUUUUAAAAAUGCUUUUUCUAAUAUGUCUCAUCUUGAACGGUUGAGUAUUGAUUGGGAUUGUGAAAAUUCAACUUUACCAAAGAGCUUGGUCAAGUCAUUAGAAAAAGUUGGUGGAACCUUAAAAUUUCUUAGGCUUGAAAAUAAAAAUCAAAAUAACCGUAUUCGUUUACCAUAUUCAUUGGCUACAGCAUUUUCUAAAUUAAUCGUUUUGAAUGAUGUACUUAUAAGUCACUUUGGAUUAAGUCAAUCAAUAAUUGAUGCAAUAGACCUUGAAAAUACAAAAGUAACUGAUGAUGUUAUCAAUGAAAUGUCUAAAUUAAUAAAAUAUCGUGAAAAGCCAUUAUGGGGCGAUCAGUUAAUGUUAAUUUUAGAACAAGCAUAUUAA